AUGUUCCCGCCUGGGCGCGCACCUCGCCCUUCAGACGGAGGAGUCGUAAAAACCCGCCCGGCCAGGCCAGACUCGCCGUGGCGUAGCGUGGGCGGUGAUUACGCAUUCAGCACGAGGGAGGAGCCAGCCGGCAUUGUCGCGUCAGCUCUACCUGCGGCGCUUCCUGCACAGUGGAUCCAGUGUGAGCAGCCGCCCCUGCCAAAGGUCCUGCGGCCAGGCGCGGCCCCUCCCUCUGCUGAAGAAGAUCAAGGUGAGGCGGCAGGAGGAGCGAGGUGGGUGUCGCCGCCGCCGCCGCCGCUAUAUAAGCCCCAGCGCGUCUGCAGUCGGCACACACCACCAACGACCGUCGUUGCCUCUGCAGUGCAGCCCGCCUUCUACUCCACCACCACCACCAUGCAACUGUUGGUCUGCCUGUCCGCCGUGUUGGCCGUGGCCGUGGCCCGGCCGCAGUUCGGCAACUACUACCAACCGCAGCCCACGUACAGCCCCACGGCGCGCCAGCAGGUGCCCAUCCUGCAGUACAGCAACGAGGUCAACCCUGACGGCUCCUACGCCUACAGCUACCAGACGGGCAACGGCAUCGCUGCCCAGGAGCAGGGCUACCUGAAGAACCCCGGCCAGCGAGACCUCGAGGCGGAGAACGUGCAGGGCACAUUCUCGUACACGGCACCGGACGGCACGCCCAUCUCGCUGCGCUACGUCGCCGACGAGAACGGCUUCCGCGCCGAGGGCGCCCACCUGCCAACCCCUCCCCCCAUCCCGGAGGCCAUCGCCCGCUCGCUCGAGGUCAUCGCCCGCACCCCGCAGCAGCCCUUCCAGCCGCAGCCGCAGUACAACCCCUUCCGCAGGUUCUAAGCGCAGUCGGCGCCACUGUAGCCGGCCGCCGAGGCUACCACCAGCUCGCGGUCAUCCUGCCCACAACACCGUCGUCAACCCCCAAAUUGUGACAGAAGUGUGGACACUGUGACACGAGGACUCUUCCCUGAAGGAGUACAAAACUUCUUGCCCCGACCUGUUACGUGUAUGACACUGCUGAGGGCAGAGUCUGCGGUAUCGGCUACGUUGGUAUCACUGCCACCGCCAAACACUCCUCCCCAUACGCCCCACCACGACCCCACCAAUACGAAACGGCAAUGGCAUAAUGGUUACGUCUUGUUCGCCUCAGGUACGAACCGUUGUUCUCCCGUUCGGAGGUAGCAGAACGGACACAGUGGCAACUACUUUGGGGUGGACUACGCGGAACGCUAAUUCGCUUAUUUCUUUUUUAAAAGUUUUGUACAUGUACUAUUAACGAGCGCGCACACAGAUUCUCACGAGCUGAGACAACAAGGCCAGGAGGGUUAUCGGAACAGUUCUGUUUCGCUGCCCCGGUGACUGAUGGAGAAUCCCCCCCAUCAGUUUCACUCAUUGCCCCUCAUCUGUUUCCCAUGUCGCUGGAAGGCAGCCGCUUUUGGUGAUGUGGCUCUCUUUCGAGCUAGCGUUUCGCUUUUGCGAGACGUUUUCUCCAUCUUCUAUGCUCUCUCUCUCUCUCUCUCUCUCUCUCUCAUAUGAUCAUAGUUGUGUCUAAUUUCUGUGAUCUUAGGUCUGUAAUAUUUUAUAAUGAAUGAAGUUAUAAAAAUAUGAAUUAUUUCAUAUUAAAAAUGUAAAUGAUGUACGUUAAACUAAAUAAAUGUUUAACAUAA